AUGGCAAGCCCACGUCUGCUGCUGAGAGCCUCGAGAGCAUCCAAGACAUCGAUAUCGGCGCCCACAAUUACGCGGCCCUUCUCACGCGUGGCAGCACGAUCGUCCGACCACAAAGCUCCAGCGCUAUCAGACAUUGAGCCAGAGCAGGGCCAUGUAUUCGACGCCAAGCAGAAGGAGUUUCGAGAGAACCUCGCAGAGAACUACCGCAAGAAAAAGGAAGCAGAACGUCAGUCAGAAGCCGCCCGCUCACUUAGUACUGCUACAGGGGAAGCGGCAAAGCGCAAAGAAGAAUCCGAGAAUAAGAAGAAGAUUGGCACUGGCCGACUAAGCAGUCUCAUCUAUGGCACCGAAGAAGGCCGCGAGAUGGAUCGCGAAAUUGAGCGCUCCUUCUCGCAGGUCUUGGCCAGAGGCAAAUACGUCCACAGCAUUGUCUUCCACGAGGUCAAGCCCGACAAGGUUGAGGAGUAUGUGAAGCUUGUUGGCGGAUGGUAUCCGAAGGUCGCCAAAGACCCAGAGAACCACGUAAACCUCGUUGGCAGCUGGCGGACGGAAGUCGGCGACUGCGACACCUUCGUGCACAUUUGGGAAUACCAACGCUACUCCGGCUACCACGCCUCUCUACAUCGUAUUCAAAGUCAGCCCCAGUUUGCCGCCUUCGACGCCAAGCUCAAGUCCUUGAUCACGUCCAAGAAGACAUCACUCAUGCAAGAGUUCCGCUUUUGGCCAACCUCGCCACCACGACAACUGGGUGGAGUCUUUGAGCUUCGAACUUACACCCUUCACCCAGGCAACCUCCUUGAGUGGGAGACUCACUGGCAGAAGGGUUUGGCCGCGAGGAGAGAAGUCAUGGAGGGCGUGGGAGCAUGGUUCGUUCAGAUAGGAGCCCUCAACGAAGUCCAUCACCUGUGGCAGUUCGCCGACCUCGAGGAGCGCCGCGCCCGCCGAGAGCAGAGCUGGAGCGUGCCAGGAUGGGGCGAGACAGUCCACAAGACUGUACCACUCAUUCAAACCAUGAAGAGCCGCAUUAUGGUACCAAUGCCCUGGAGUCCGAUCGCGUAA